AAAAACACUGUAUUAUAUUUCAACAUUAAGGGGUCUUGCAUAGUAUAAAGAUUGAAAUAAGAUGGUUUACAAAAAGAAAGAUGCCCAAAAUUCGGUCUAAAAGCAGCAUUACUAACAAAAGAAGAAAACUUAGGAGGAAGGGAGAUUCCGUGUAAAUGAAAAUGGGUCACGUGGGCUCCACUCUCACAAAAGUAACAUGCAUUUGCACUGUGUAAUCGCACUGAUAAGAUUCUACUGUCACGUAAUUCUACCUCAUCCAAUGGAUAUUUUCGUCCAUUCCUACCCCUAAUUACGCGGCGAAACUAGUUUUCAACCCAAUAAUUUUGCCAAAUUCAGCUAAAAGUAGCUGUUUUCCACAUCAUCCAUUUCCCAUUUUACCCCUCGCCUUUUACCUUUUGACCAUCCUCGUACUCCUCACUAAUUUGUCUCCUUUCCCUCAAAGGCUCUCACUUUCUGGCCCUAUCAUCAUCUUCUUCUUCAAUCUUCACCAGCAACCAGUAACCGAAGCUAUUUACAACUCUGCUAGCCAAUUACAAACCCUAACUCAUCUCUUCACUCACUGAGUUUCUGUUCCAAACCAAUCAUGAGUCGACUCAGAAGAAUCGAGCUCAUCGAGCCUUACACCUACUUCCCUGCUUCUUCCCCUGUCUUCAUCCGCGAAACCACCUCCAUUUUCACUCCCAAAGCCCUAGCUUUCCCUUCGUUUCUUGAAGAUUUGGAAGCCUGCGAGCUCGACUUGAUUAUCCCUAGACCUAGCCCCUUCGAGCUCUUCGAAAGCGUCACCGAUCUGAUCCGGGUCGAGCGAAAGCCGUCGUUGUCGUUGCAAAAGCGAAUUCAGCGAUUGGAAAAGCUAGGAGGAGACAUUGCCGUGCAGAGAUUGAGUGACCGAGUUAGUGAGUUGGAAGCUCGUUUCGAUCGGCUGGCGAAGAUCAAAGACGCCGGUGUUGAUCGGAAGUACACGUGGACUGCGGAGACGAGAAUCCCUGCGAAGAACGUUGAUCGUAAGUACAAAUUGACGGCGGAGAUCAAAGACGGGAAGAAGAAGAAGGAGACGGAAGUGAGUGGGAAAACUUACAAAUUGACGGCUGAGAUUGAAGGGAACGGAGCUGACGGUCCGAUCUCGCGUACGUACACGUUCAAAGCAUCCAGCGGUAAUGCAAGUGAGUGUGGAGAAUCAAAGAAGAAGGACAAGAAAAAGAAGAAAAAUGGUGAGAAGGAUGAGCAUGCCACGCGUCUAGUGAGGAUUGAAGAGACUUCUGAUCAUGGGGCUGUAGUUUUGAGACAGGCUUUUGCCAAGAGAAUUGGAGGUAGGAGUGAGAAGGGUAAGAAGAAAGAACUAUCGCCUCAAGAUGCAGCAAUGAUGAUCCAGAUGACCUUCAGAGCUUACCUAAUUCGAAGAUCACAGGCUCUUCGUGCACUCAGAGACCUGGCAGUUGCCAAGACCAAGUUGAAGGAGAUUCGAGGAUUGUUCAACAAUUACUCUUACCGCAGCCUUGUGGCUCGUGAUGCUGCAGAGCGUCAAAGGUUCUCAGAGAAAAUAAUUGUCCUUCUCCUUACUGUUGAUGCUAUUGAGGGAGCUGAUUUGAUGGUGCGUUCUGCAAAAAGAUCAAUGGUGGACGAGCUGGAAGCAAUGCUUGAUGUGGUUGAUCCACAGCCUGGGAAAUCACUUUCCAUGAGAAGGAGAACCUUCGAUAUGCCUGACAGUGUCAUUCAGAAGGAAAUUGCUGCAGGUGUGGCCGAGGUUGUCCAAAUGCUUAACCACGGAGAGAAUAGUUCCAGUACCUUUGAAGCUUGCUUGUGAAGAGUUCCUGGCAAAUUGGGUAUUUGUGGUGAUCAAACCUCUAAUUGGGUAGUGUUGUUUUUUCCAGUAGUUUGUUGUUGUAGCUGAGAUAUACAACCCAGUUGAGGAGAUUUCGGGGGACUUGUUUUCCCCCAUGAGUAGAUUCUUCUUAGAGCUGCUUUUGUCUCCUUCUCCCGUUUAUCUCUGGUUGAAUUGAAGUCAGUUGUUCCUUGCUUUCAGAUUCCAUUUAUAUUUAUAAUGAAGACCUUUCACUUUUGUAUUA